GGACAAAAUGCUGUGUGCAUGUGUGCAUGUGUGCAUCUGUGCAUGUUGUGUGUGUGCAUACACAGGUCCAUUGAUUGGGACAUUGAGGUGUGAUCGUCCAUCGAUUCGCAAGUGCAUGGUGGACAUCAGUUUCGUAUACCUUCGACAAUGCACCCUGAAGGGCAUUCUCAUUGCAGCAGAGGGCGUCUGUUUUGUCCUCAGGGUGCUGAAGCUCAUGCUGUGUGACCGAGAUGCGAGUGUCCGGCUGAGAGUGCUCUGCAAUCUCCUGUCAUUGAUGACGGACUGUGGAGUUGCAGUCACAUUUCGAAAAUUUCUGCUAUCUCCGGGUCGCAUGUGCAACGAGGACGAUUGCCCCCACGAUCAAGCGGUCAAGUCUUUUCUAGAUGUCUUGAUCCAACGACUAGAAGACAAAUCAAAGGCAGUCCGCAUCAAGUCUUUGUCGCUCUUCGAGCUUAUGGUAUCCGAAACACGCUCCAUGAUUCCGAUCAUGCCAUUGCAGACCAAAAAAACAGGAGUAGAGCCAUCCACCCCAUCAAAAGAGGACUGCAAGCCUGUGGAAAACUGCUUGGGACAUUCUGAAGAGGCGGCCACCAACUUUCACCUACUACAGGUCGUUGAGUUUAUCCAAUGGAUGCUUCUGCAAAUGCUUCCCUUGUUCCGCUUGUUGCUAGCGUUGCCUUGCAACUCUCCCUUCUUCUGUGAUGAAACGGUAGAACUGAUUGGCCGUCUGCUGUGCUCAGCCAGAGCUCACUUGGUGGGGCAGGCGUCCAUGAUGAUCCAUCGUCAGAAUCCCCAGCAAGUCACUCUGCCAUUCCUCAGAACCUUUGCCGCCGACAGGUGCAAAACUAUUGCAGGGGAGCUGCAGUGCUUCUUCUGUCAAACUUAUGUCAGUGACGUCGCCAAGUCGGUAGUGCGGCGAAUCCUCCAAGCAUACUUCGGCGGCGGUUUCCGUUCCUGGAGGUCGUUUCUAUCCCUGUGCUCCGAAAAGAACCUCUCAAAGAUCGCAGAACUCCUCCAAGAUGUGGGGAGAAGUGCCCACUGCAAAGCUGAAUGGGAGAGUAGAGGUAGUACUAAGGGAAAGGGAGGGGGAGGAACUCUCAAGGGGACUUCGGAGGAAGCAAAAAUGGCGCAAGAAAGAGAACAAGACGGAAAGAAUCGCUUGAGAAGGGCUGCAGAGUCCUUUGCGGUACAAGCCUUGAGUAUGCUCGUUGACAUUGCGCAUGGGUGCGCAAGACCAGGGCCAAAGCCAUACCACUCGGAGCCCAUGAGCGCCAGGAGGUGGAACAAAGGGAGUCCAGAUGCAACGAAUCUUGGACCUUUAACGCAAUCAAGCAGGGACAGAGGCUUGAGGCCAGAAGAUUCAGCUUACGAAGGACUAGUCUUGGGUUGUUUGGUCACUAUCGGUGUGCUGGGAGAUGCGAAGCAACACAGAGAAAGGGCGGCGUCAUCAGUAAUAUGCUCUCCUGCUCGUCAGACAUCGGCAUGGAGCAUCGAUCUACUCCACAGCCUCCAACUGAGGCCAAGAGAGAAUAUUAGAGCUCUUAUCUAUAUUAUCCGCCAGCUGGCAAGAACAUUGGCAUCUGGCAUCCAGCAUUCUGGGAGAGGAGAAGGGGGAGGAGGGAUGGGAAUCGACAGGUCUUCUGGACAAACUGCGGAGCUCCAGAGCAUUGCGUUUCAUUAUGAUGAUCAAGAGGAUCCAGCUGGUCUGCAACUAUCACCAGAUGCAAGGCACUCAACAGAGUUCCGCUCCAUAGAAUGGGCCUUGGAGGUUAUGUCCAUGAUUGUGUCAGCAAAUCUGAUGGACGAAGAAGCAAUUGCAGUGAUUGAUGCUGAAGGAUUUAUUGGCGACCAGUUCAUCAACCUUUUCCCAUACUUCAGAGGCGCAGUGAUCGAUCUCCUGUUUAGCAUCAAAGACCCUGUCACUGCGGUCAAAAAGAUUCUGCGCACGUAUGAGUUGAAGCUGGGAGUUCUCAGUGGGCCGGCCAAGGUAGGGAUGGUGCGUCAGUACCUCCAAUUUCUUGGCGACACAGCUCGCAUCUAUGAAAUCGCGCAGGAAUCGUUUCAGCAGCGACUGAAAGAUGCCCAGAAAAAGAUCCGGUCAGGACAAGGAAGAAGAGAUGCCAGCAGUUGUACGGAAAGCCAAGGCCUUGAGGGAAGGGAAGGAGGAGACGUGCAAAGGAGCAGUCAGCAGAUCUUUCGAAGUCUGAUGCAUGAAGAUUUCGACUACAUGCUGCCGCUGCUGGUCCUCGUCGCCGUGCUGCUUCUCGUCGUUGUCUUCUUCCACGUGUGUUUCAUCGGCCUCGUCCCGCUCACGGCUCGCAGAAGGAGAUCUUCGGAGAAAGCCGACAGGAUGGAUCGACGACUGGACAACGGCAGACCGGCAGGCACAACCUCCGGAGCGAGCAAUCGGCAACACAGUGCGGGGUCUGUGGUGAAGCGGUCGUACGACCCGAGGUUGUAUGCACACCUGCCUUCUCACGAGAUUCCUCUGUCGUCGUCGGAUGACGAGGGGGGAAACGCCAGGUCGUCGACUUUGCCGUUGGGAAGUGGUUCGACGCAGGAAUGGGCGGCGACGCAGUCGUACGGCGGCAGGCGGGUGGAGACCCCGUGGUCUUACACGUCACUUCUGAAUGAGGGGCUGUGCGACGACGACGGCAAUGCAGCGGUUGAUCUCAGCUUCCAGUUGUCCAGCAGCAGCGGAGCAGCGGCAACGCACACUCGGAUCAUCAAUCCCCACCCGGGUGUGGAUUGCGCGGACAACACGCACGGUGGUGUGUGCGGGCUGCGAGACGGUGGUCUGCCUCAAUCGCUUCGUGAAGGUGGUGGUAAUCGGAAUGACUCGACGUCGACCGUCGGAGGAGGAGUCGGUGCGCGUGAACGUCCGGAGUGGAUGCGGUUGUCACCUGCGUCGCGAAGCGGAUCCGGCGCUCCUCCUGGACGGCAGCGCCCGGAGGAUUUGCGUGAGGAAGGUGCGGACGUGCACCGCGAUGGCAGGCAGUUGUGGGCAGAGUGCAGGCAGGCCUUGCAUCAACGUGGAACGGAGACAAUCACGAGAGGGGUGCAACUGCUCCACGUGGACGAAGGGGAUGAAGCUGCUGUUGAGGAGGCCCAGGGGUGUGACGACGUUGACGGUGACGACGAUUGCAACUCCGACGAUUUGCCAGACAUUAGGCCGCUGGGGAGGAAGGCGACGAACGGCGGAGCGACUGCGAGGAAGGGUCCCGCUACGAAAACUCAACGGAGCAAGAAAAUGGAUGACGACACGGGCCGGAGCGAUGGCGAUGGCGGACGAAAUUUCUGGUCGGUCGGAGACACGAUAGCACUCGUCAGGGCAAAAAGGGAUCAAGAUCUGUAUAUCGCCGGCAUGGGCACCAGUUUCGCCCGCAUGAAAACGAGGGAGUGGAAGUGGGAGGACGUGAGGGCGAGGUUGCAGUCGAUGGGCGUGACGAGGGAGGCCGUCGACUGCGGGAAGAAAUGGGACAACUUGAUGCAGCAAUUCAAGAAGGUCCACAAGUUCCAGAACCUCUCCGGCGAGAAAGACUACUUCAAGCUUGCUUCAAAGGCCAGGCGAUCGAAGGGCUUCAGCUUCGUCAUGGACCGGAGCGUGUACGAUGAAAUGGAGGCCAUGACGAAGGGGGAUCACACGAUCCACCCGAAAAAUUUGGCGGACACGGGGGCGGCCGGUGGGGUUCAGAUGCCGGCAGGCGCGGGGGCUGGACACCAUGGCCACUAAGGGUGGAGGGGAGGCAGCCGACGAGGAGUAGGGGUCGACGAAAGACUCCACAUUCAGCGCGGGGAGCGGCGGCGGUUAUGGGAAGAGGAAGAACAUGCGGCAACAAACCUUUGAGGCCGUC